AGUGUCCAAGUGUCCGUGAAUUUUCCCUACUGCCCCAUCAUGAUACACAAAAAGAACCUGCUGCUGCUGUACGACCGUCCCCGGGAGCCCAUCUUCAUGGGCAAGGGCAAAGCUAUCUUUGACGUUCCGGACAACUACCUCACAGACCGGUACCGCCCGAUCGGUCCGGAGAUCCAGAACCGGUUCGGCGAUCAGGCCGAAGAGCGCAUCCCCGUUCGGAGCAUUGCCCUGCCAGAUCUGCGCAUCCCGAUGUCCUUGGGUCGGCAGGAACAAUUUUCGCUGUUUAUUCCACGUCACCGAAAGAUUGCCGCCCGGCUGAUCGAUAUCUUCAUGGGUAUGCGCAACAUUGACGACCUGCAGAGCUGUGCCGUGUUUGCGCGGGACCGCAUCAAUCCGUACCUCUUCAACUAUGCCCUGUCGGUGGCACUGCUGCACCGUCGGGACACCAAGAACCUGGACAUACCGUCGAUCGUGGAGGUCUUCCCGGACAAGUACAUUGACUCGAAGGUGUUUGAGCAGGUCCGCGAGGAAGCCACCGUUGUGCCCGAAGGUAUGCGAAUGCCGAUCGUCAUCCCGAAGGAUUUUACGGCGUCGGACCUGGAUGAGGAGCACCGGCUGUGGUACUUCCGGGAGGAUAUCGGCGUAAAUCUGCACCACUGGCACUGGCAUCUGGUGUAUCCGUUCGAUGCCUCGAACCGAGCCAUCGUGGACAAGGACCGUCGCGGAGAACUGUUUUACUACAUGCACUCGCAGCUGAUCGCGCGCUACAACUUCGAACGGCUGUGCAACCGACUUCAGCGCGUGAAGCGAUUGAACAACCUCCGUGAACCCAUCGCCGAGGGCUACUUCCCCAAGCUGGACUCGCUGGUCGCCAGCAGAACUUGGCCCGGUCGUGUGGACAAUGCCGUCAUCAAGGAUCUGAACCGUGAGCUGGACCAAAUCAAGCAAGACGUGGCCGACGUAGAGCGUUGGAUUGACCGUAUCUACGAGGCCGUCCACCAGGGCUUCGUCGUGGACGAGUCCGGCAAUCGGAUCUUCCUGGACGAGGAAAAGGGCAUCGACGUCUUGGGCAACAUCAUCGAAUCGUCGAUUCUAUCACCAAAUCGCCAACUGUACGGAGACAUGCACAACGCUGGCCACGUGUUCUUGUCGUACACGCACGAUCCGGACCACCGCCACCUGGAGUCUUUCGGGGUGAUGGGUGACGUGGCCACGGCCAUGCGCGAUCCAGUGUUCUACCGGUGGCACGCGUACAUUGACGACAUCUUCCAGGAGCACAAGAUUAAGCUGGCGCCGUACAGCAAGCAACAGCUGACGUUCGAAGGAAUUUCGGUGACGGGAAUUGCCGUCAAGUCGGAAGGUGCUCCGGAUAACGUGAUGCACACAUUCUGGCAGCAGUCGGAUGUGGACCUGUCCCGCGGCAUGGACUUUGUCCCGAGGGGAAACGUUUACGCCAGGUUCACUCACCUUCAGCACGCUCCAUUUAUUUUCACCAUUCAAAUCGACAACGACUCCGACGCCCAACGAAUGGGCUUCGUGCGCAUCUUUAUGGCGCCGAAGAACGACGAACGUGGCCAGCCGAUGCUGUUCCGCGACCAGCGACUGUUUAUGGUCAAAACGAACGUUUGAUCUGACCUGAGUCCACCUGAUUCGUUCCGGAGCGGCGUUCCAGAGGCUUCCCCCGAGCUGUUCGUGAUGGUAUCCGACUACGAGGAGGAUCGCGUCGUGCAGGAUCUGGUCGGAACGUGCAACGAUGCCGCGUCCUACUGUGGCGUGCGCGAUCGACUCUACCCGGACAAGAAGGCGAUGGGCUAUCCGUUUGACCGGUUGGCACGCACCGGGGUGGACCGGCUGGCGACGUUCCUGACGCCAAACAUGGCCGUCCAGGCGGUGAACGUCAUCCAUAUCGACAAAACGGUUCAGCGGACCUAGGAUUUUGGAGAUGUCCUAUUUCAAAAUUUUAUAACAAAUCUUUCGGAAAAUGAUUUUUAUGGCACAUUGUUAUUCUAUAUUCAAGCAAAUAUAUCAAAUUUAUAUUCAAC